AUUCACCUCACUGUUUUCCACUAAAAACACAAGAAAAUCCAAUCAAAAGUCACAUAAAAUGCCAAAACAGCAUUCAAUCUGUGAACGCAGUUAACCAUUAAAUGUAUCUUUGAGUAACUCUUCACACUGCAUACGGAGAAGGGGAUAUAUGCACGACACAUGCCAUAUCCAGAGGUCAACAAGGUCACCUCUCCACUAUAUUUGGAGAUUAGAUUUGAAGAUGAAUAUGGCAGCAUCUAGGACCACCCAAAGGCCUGGUUUCAUUGCCCAGUUGCUGAGAUUGGCCAUUUCAAUACUUUUUGCUGGAUGGAUUGCUCUCUGGUUUCUGAGCCCAUUGAAGGCUUGGGAGAAUCCUUGGAUGACUCUGAUAGAAAAAACAACCACCUCUGCUUUUGGUGUUGCUGGUCCCGUCAACCUUCUGUUUUCAGCUCCUAUAUUUCUGAUAGUUAUUUUGGGGUGUAUCUAUCUCCACAUUUCCCGAAACCAGCAAAUCACCAAGUCAAAAGUCAGGAAAAGGACAGUUAAUCUAUGGACAUAUCCAAUCUUCAUAGGGGGGCCUCUUGGAACUGUUACUGCUGGAGAAAUCCUCAUUCUUCUUAUUUUUCUAGGCUUAGUGAUAUGGACCUUAUCAUUCUAUAUUGUCAAUGGCCUAGCUGGAGUUAACCAUAUGACAUUAAAACCAGGAGUCAAACUGUGGCAAAGAAAAUUAGGCAUCACUGCAGGUUAUCUUGGCACAGUUGGAGCUUUAUGUUUGGCUUUCCUCUUCUUCCCAAUUACUCGUGGAUCUGUCUUGUUGCAACUGCUCAACGUUUCCUUUGAAAUUUCAGUUAAGUAUCACAUUUGGAUAGCUAACGUGGCGAUGGCACUCCUUACAGCUCAUGGCAUGGGCUAUCUAGUGAUAUGGCAGAGCAAGCAUAACCUUCAAGAAAAGAUGUCAACUUGGACGAGAAUAGGAAAUUCACAUAUAGCAGGAGAGAUUUCUCUGUUGGCAGGCCUGAUAAUUUGGUUGACCUCUAUAAAACCUAUUCGACAGCGCUUCUUCGAAGUAUUCUAUUAUACUCACCACUUGUAUAUAGUAUUCAUUGUCUUCUUUGCCCUACACGUUGGAGAUGAUGUGUUCUCGCUUACACUCCCUGGAAUUUUCCUGUUUCUCCUGGAUCGUUAUCUUCGUCUUCUUCAAUCACAAAGAACUGUACAUGUCAUAUCUGCUAGAAAACUGCCUUCAAACAUAGUACAACUGGUUAUUGCAAAGCAUCCAAGUCUUGUGUACAAACCUAUGAGUAUCAUUCUUUUGAAGCUUCCAUUCAUAUCACAAUUGGAAUGGCACCCUUUCAGCAUUGUUUCUACAUCAAGCGUUGCCUCUGACAGAUUAUCUAUUUUAAUCAAGUGUCAACAAGGCUGGACGAAAAAGCUUGACAACUUCAUGGACGCUCUAAGCUCUAUGGAGAGUCCUUUGCAUUUGCUAGCAGCAGAUGCAGCUGUUGAAGGUCCUUAUGGUCCACCUUCCAUGGACUUUCUAAGGUAUGAUGCAUUGAUACUUAUUGGUGGAGGAAGUGGAAUAGCCCCACUAAUGAGCAUUUUAUCAGAAACAUUGCACCAGCAUGAUAUCAAAGAAGGAAACCAUGUUCCCAGGGAAGUCCUACUAAUAUGGUCAGUCAAAAGUACAGAGGAAUUGUGCAUCUUAAAUCUUGUAUCUCCCUCAAUGAUAUGUCCAAGUUAUUCUGAGGUCUUACAAUUAGACGUACAGGCAUAUGUCACACAGACAGAAGCUCUGGACGUUGAGAUGGCCAAAUUGGAAACAGAGCGGAUGGAACUACCCACUGAAACUUUCUUUAUGAAGGAGCCAAGUCCACCUGGAGGUUGUCUGCAUUCUAUAACAAGCACAAACAAUACUUUAUGGCAGGCAGCAAUAGUUGUUUCUGCAUUUGCAGGAUAUCUCUUGAUGACAGCCUUACUAAAUCAGUUCUAUAUAUACCCAUUAGAUCACAACUCUUAUGAAGAGUACCCGACGUGGGCCAGAGGAUUUCUGACCCUGGCUUGCAUGUGUGUGGGUAUUGUGAUCUUUGGAGGCUUAGUUUAUGUGAUUUGGGUCGUAAUGAAAACUACUGCAGUCAAUGAGUCUAGAGAAAAAAUAUAUGAGAUGGAGGAUGCUCACAAUGUUCAGGAGCAGGAGGAGGACACCCUUUUAGCUAGAUCUAAUAUUCAUUAUGGACAACGGCCUGAUCUUCAAGAUAUAAUUGGAAAAUUUGCAAUGAAAAUGGAUGGGAAGAAAAUAGGCGUCAUAGCGUGUGGACCAGAAAGCAUGCAGCACAGUGUAGGAACAGCUUGCAGGCGGUUCAGCUCCUUACUGGGUCUCAGAUCCUCUGUUGCAUUGGAUUAUCACUCUAUCAGUUACAAUUUCUAAUCAGCUUCUCUGUAAAAUUCUGGUUAAGAGAUAGUAGAAACAUAGGCUUUUGUUCACAACAAGAGCUUGUAUUAUUAAUCUUCAGAAUCCCUCUUAAACUGUUUAAUAAGUCGUGAUAUAUAGUUUUGUCAUGUCACAUUGAUCUAUUGUCUUACAAAAUUGUGUGAAUAUACGAAUAAACGGACAGGGAUUCUGUAUUUAGAAAAUAAUUACAUAUGAAUAAACGGACAGGGAUUCUGUAUUUAGAAAAUAAUUACAUCACUGUACU